GUUUUACCGUUAUUAGUUGAUUUACCGUUAUUAGUCGAUUCACCCAUGCAAUAUGGCUGACCAUGAAUUAGAUUCUUUGGAGAGCAGAUUGGAUUUUAUUGAAAAUAUAGUGUUUGGUAAUUCUGAGAAAGAUGCAUUUUAUCCAAGGGACAAACAGAGUGCAGUAGAGUGCUUAGACAAACUAGCCAACAUUCAUGAAAAGAUUUCUACGUCAACCAAAAAUAAGAAGAGGAUAUCCGAGAUCUACAGAAAAUCCAAAGACCUACAGAAAUACUUAGAUCCAGCGUACACUGAUGAGAUGACCAUGAGUGAGGAAGCCAAGGAGGAGGUCAUUCUAGCUGAAGAAGAGUUUUUAAGGGACCAAGCCAAACAUUUGGAAAAUAUGGAAGAAUUAAAACCUGCAUUAGACAGUGAACACCUUAAAGAUAUUAUUUCAAGGGUGGCCAUGAUCUAUUUAGACUGCAAUGUGCAACACAAAAUAACAACUCCUUUGUUUACAGAGAAGUUUGAAGCUUUAAGUCAGAUUCAAAUAAAACAACAGGAUCAAACUUCAAAUUUAACUGAAGAAGCUAGAAAGAUGCUGGCAACUUAUAAUAAUAUUAUUACUCUGGUAUCCAGGCAGUUUGUUCAGUGGGAUGAAAUUCUGACAGGUAUGGAGGCGAAACGAUUGAAGAGUCAAGACUGAGAAGUGACAGAUAAUGGAGAAUUAGUGCAAUACGUGUACAUUACAAUUCAUAUAACUAUGUCUGAAGAUUUAUUUAUAACCAAUUUAUGUCUAUUAUUGUUUAUGGUGUAAGUUGUUCAAUAUUGUAUGGAAAUUAAAUUGAAACUGUCGUAGUGAUGCAUU